AUGACAGAAAAUGAGGAUCUGUUGAAUAAGAUUGGUCGGCUUGCAGGUCAAAUCAAUCGACACAAAAACCAAGCGACCCAGCCCCAGUCCGCUCAUCAGUCACAACAUGUCAGUCGCCACGUGCCUUCUCAUCAAGGAUGGGCGCCGUAUUCUCGAGGAAGAGGCCGACCUGCAGCUCCGCACCGACACCGCACACUGGUUUUGAAUAAUGGAGGGGCUGGAUCAACCGCCAGUUCCAACUCUUCUCCUGGCCCCUCAAGCGAUCACGAUGGCGAGACGCGCGCUUCGACCACCUCGAAUGGAUGGGUUUCCAAGAAUGACCGUCAUAUGCAGCUUAUCAACUCCGCCGUCUACGACAAGGAGAAACAGGCCAGAGCCAAGGCUAUGGAGGAAACCCGGAAAUUCAAAGAACAGCGACGCGCCGACCGUGAACAAUCCAAGGUUUUGCGGUAUGCUCAAGGUCCUGCAGGUGCAUCUGUCUCCACUGCUUCGCAGCAGAUUCUUGUCAACGAUGUUCCUUUCAAGGUUGUGCGCGGAGGUAGCAAGUUGAUUCGUGUUUCGAACGAUCCGAAUACCGCCAAUACCACACCGAAGCGUGUCACCGUCGCUGGUGUGACUUUUGUCCGAAGCAAGAACGGCAACCUGCACCGCCUUGGUGCUGUUGCCUCGAAGAAACAACCAGGCGCCGCUAAAAAGCGGGACGAACUCUGCAAAAGAUUCACAACGACCGGCACAUGCUAUAAAGGCCCCGCUUGUCUUUUCACCCACGAUCCAAGCAAAGUUGCCAUCUGCAAAGACUUCCUCCAGACAGGCAAGUGUAGUGCAGGUACUAGUUGUGAUCUUUCUCAUGAGCCUUCACCCCAUCGCUCCCCUACAUGUGUUCACUUUAUGAAGGGACGAUGCUCCAAUGAUGAGUGUCGCUAUACUCACGUCCGCACAACACCCGGUGCUCCCGUCUGUCGCGAAUUUGCGACUCUAGGUUACUGCGAGAAAGGUGCCCAAUGCGAAGAACGUCAUGUGCACGAGUGCCCUGACUACGCAAACUCUGGCGUCUGCCACAAGAAGCGGUGCCAGUUGCCACAUGUUGACCGUGCUGGUCAAAUCCGGAAGGCUGCCGCCGCUGCAGCUAGUAAAGCCGAGGCUGGAGAAGAUGAGUCUGAUCAGUCUAGUGAAGAGGAGGAUUACGAUGCGAUUGAUUCGGAUGACGUGGACUCGGAUGAGUUUGACGACACGUCUGAACAAUUGAUCGCAGGUGAGGACACUGGUGAGAUAAUCCAGCAGCAAGAUUAUGUUCGCUUCUGA